GUGGCAACUACAGCGAAGAAGAAAUCGCUAAUUCGGAGGUUUGGUUGUUGUGCUCCUAGGUUUUUAUCAUUGAUAUUAAGCUAAAAUAAAUAUAAACACCUCGACACAAACCGUUUCAGGAUUCCAAUUGCAUCUUCCUGAAACGUUUGCGAAACACCUUUGGACACUGGGAUUUGUAACUAGCCAGCUAAGUUUGCCACGUUAUUAAUUAGCUAGGUAGCUAACGCUAGCUACAAUUGCUAGCUCUAGUACACCGUUUGGCGCUGGUAGAAUGGCGGAGGAGGAAGACGAAACCAAUUUCGACGAGGAUUUGGAUGACGGGGCGGGUGGAACAGAUGGGAGCCACGGCAAGCGAAAACGGUUGUUUUCUAAAGAGCUUCGGUGUAUGAUGUAUGGGUUUGGAGACGACCAGAAUCCCUACACUGAAUCAGUGGACAUCCUGGAGGACCUUGUGAUCGAGUUCGUCACGGAGAUGACACACAAAGCCAUGUCCAUCGGACGCCAGGGCCGUGUCCAGGUGGAAGACAUUGUUUUCCUCAUCCGGAAAGAUCCAAGGAAGUUUGCCAGAGUGAAGGACCUCUUGACGAUGAACGAGGAGUUGAAGAGAGCCCGCAAGGCCUUUGAUGAAGCAAACUAUGGUUCUUAGGUCCUGUGAUUGUAGAGAGAUAUGGGCUUCAACAUGUUUUUUUUUUUUUCGCAUUGUCCAUGCUGUUUAUUCUAUGAUUAUUAAACAUGUUUUUAUAAGGAUUUAACGUUUAUUUUGUAGCAGAUGUGGCCAUAGAGAUGUUAAUUGACCAUGUGGCCAUAGAGAUGUUAAUUGACCAUGUGGCCAUAGAGAUGUUAAUUGACCAUGUGGCCAUAGAGAUGUUAAUUGACCAUGUGGCCAUAGAGAUGUUAAUUGACCAUGUGGCCAUAGAGAUGUUAAUUGACCAUGUGGCCAUAGAGAUGUUAAUUGACCAUCCACUUGUGACUUCAGAUAUGUUUGUGCUCAUGUCAAAUGCCAUGCCUUACAUAUCUUUAUCAAAAUCAUAUUUGUGUGGCUUUCUGGCGGACUAUAUGCUAUGUUGCUGCCUUUCAGUUGGGAAUUGCACGUUUGUUCACAAAUAAUUUCUCAAUCUAACAGCGUAGACGAACAGGAUGGCAGGUAGCGGAGUGUUUUGCUGUUUCGAAUACCCGAGCUGACACUGAAAGAAAUGGUUUGUACCCUUGAGCAAGGCACUUAACCCUAAUUUGUUUUAGUGGGCUGCCUACUAUGGCUUACCCUGUAAAACAUCCCAUUUCACUGCAACAACCGGUGUAUGUGAACCUAAUACUGGAAAGUUCUCACUAAAGUCUGUCUGCUGAAGGAUAUUGCUUUGCAGUAUAAAUCAUGUCAUGUGAGCCAACUUUGCUCUUGUGAGAGGAUUGUCCCAUUCAUCACUAAGGAUAGGCAUAGUGGAAUGAACAGUAACUUACACCUUUUGACACAGUCUUCCAUCCUUUACUGAGAUAUUUCAGGACAUGGCCCAGAGGGGAGGUCAAUGUAGACUUUCUAUAUGAAUCCAUGGAUGGGUUUUUGUUCCAGAACCAUUUAACUUGCUCCUACACCUUUAGACAGUGGAUAGUGUUAUCGUUGAAUUAACUAUUUGGCCUGUUCUGUUAUUAAAUGUUUGCAAAUGAAUGCACAUGAACCUAACUGUGCACGCAAUAAAACUGCAGGACUGAGUUUA